AUGGGCUUUUUCCGGCAUGGUGGCCCUGAAAUCACUCUCUCGCCAAAACAGAGGAACCCAAAAACCAAACAUAUCAACCAAGAAGUUCUGCUGCAAAUUCCAGUAUGCACAGUGUAUCUGAUGGAUGAAGGAGAAGCUGUAGAACUUGCCAAGGGAAAAUUCACUAUUGUUCGAAUCUUGGACAAGAAUGUUUCUAUUGCCACCAUAAUAAAAGUUGGUGACAAUCUCCAGUGGCCACUGACAAAAGAUGAGCCAGUUCUGAAGCUCGAUUCUCUCAACUAUUUGUUUUCCUUACCAAUGAUGGAUGGUGGUUCUCUGAGCUAUGGAGUGACUUUUUCAGAACAGUGUCGUAGCAGUUUGUCCUCACUAGAUUCAUUUCUAAGAGAACACUCUUGUUUCUCUGCCUCUACAACAACGACUAAAAAUAUUGAUUGGAAAGAGUUUGCUCCCAGGAUUGAAGAUUAUAAUAAUGUGUUGGCCAAGGCUAUUGCUCAUGGUACAGGUCAGAUUGUCAAGGGUAUCUUCAUAUGUAGCAACAUCUAUAGCACUCAGGUCCAUAAGGUCGGAGAAAUGAUUAUAAAUCAUGCCGCAGAGGAGAAAAAUGGUUCCAAAGCUUGUGAGAUUAACAGUAACAAGACUUCUGGAGCCACAAAAAAGAAUGGAGCUAACCAAAACUUGAAACGUGUGAGAAAUUUAUCCAAGAUGACAGAAAAUCUUAGCAAAGCUACACUAGAUGUUGUUGGGGCUGCCUCUGGAUCUGUGAUGAUACCCGUGGUAAAUUCCCAGGCAGGAAAGAUAAUCCUAGAUUCGGUUCCAGGAGAAGUCCUCUUUGCUUCACUCGAUGCUGUUAAUAAGAUUUUAGCUGCAGCUGAAGUUGCUGAAAAACAAGCUCUUUCUGCAACUUCCAGUGCCACAACUAGAGUUGUCACUGACAGGUUCGGUGAGAACGCAGGGGAGAUUGCAGGGGAUGUGCUUGCGACUACGAGCCAUUGUACUAACACUGCUUGGAAUCUAAUCAACAUAAGAAAGGCCAUCAAACCAGCAUCAUUUGUCUCAACAGGAAUACUAAAGAAUGCAGGAAAGGAGAAAAGAUAG